CUCGCGAAGGUUUUCCGAACGACAGAAACAGUUCAUCGAGGACUUUGACAGGAAGUUUAACGACAUGCGUCCCCGUUUGGGUGGGACGAGUCUGCUCUCCCCGAAGCAAAUGGAUUCGUCCUUCGUGAGCGACGAAGACCGAGUGAAAAAGUACCAAAUCCGAAUGAACGUGGCCGAGUUCGAGCCGCAGGACAUAUCAGUUCGCGUGGACAACGGACUACUCAUUGUCGAGGCCGACCGCAAGGAAACCACCCCCAAAGGAGUCAUUUCCACGAGGAAAUUCCGCAAGACGGCGACGAUACCGCACAACGUGGACUCGGACUCGUUGGUGAGUACUCUGUCGAGUGACGGAAUCAUCACCAUCGAGGGAGCCGUGAACAACCCUCCCGAGUACGACUCACCCAAGUUGGACAUCCGUCUGGGGUCCACCCUACAGAGUCGGGAUCGACUGUCCUCGUGGGACAAGGGCAGAGGCCGACAGAACGUAUUCCGGCCGAUGGGGGACCCGGGGGUCAUCGACAUUCUGGGGACCAAGUUGUGGCGACUCAAACUGAAUUGCGAGCCUUUGGAGUCUUCGGCCAUUCGAAUAACAUUGAACGAGAACAAGCUGAAUCUGAGGGGCACACUCGUGCAGGUGUCGGAGGGGUGCAAGUCCACCAACGAAUACACGCAGGACUACACUCUCCCCAACAACUGUGAUUUGGACUGCAUUCAAGCCUACUUGGAGUCGGGCAAACUCAUUGUGGAGGCCAAACUGCAGGACGAGUAUCAGCCCACGCGCGAACUCAUCGACAUUGUGCGCAUUUAACCAACUUAACACACUAACACUCUCAAUA